CCAUCCCAUUUCCACUCGCCGAUUCCAGCUCCGGCGUCCACUUCCACCCGGUGAUCUCGCCGCCUCGACCGAUCACCGCCGGCGCUGACCUCCGGCGUCCACUUCCAACAUCCGCCCUCCCCCGAACUGCCUCCUUCUUUAACUCUAUUUUGGAGCGCCGCCUCCGUCCAGAGCUGCAGCCGCCUUGCAGCAGAUCGCCAUGACCGCCGACGCGACGCCUCCUCCCGCCGAGCCGCCGCAAAAUCCGCCAAAUUCUACCGCGGAGGAGGCUGAGGCGGAUGCGGUAGGCACGCCGUCGAGGGGCGGGCCUGUGGGGAUGGUGAGCUGGGGAACCGGCACCCUCGUCGGCGUAUUCACCGGGCUGCUCUAUGGCGGGGCCAAGGAGGCCAACGCUAACGUCAGCAAGGAUGCUGAAGUGAUGUUGAAGAUGGGAAGCACCACAGACAAGCGCGAACAGUAUAGGCUGAUGAGAGAUGCAAUGGAGAAAAGGUUCAUCCGGGUUGCAAAAGGCUCCCUAGUUGGUGGUGCUCGCCUUGGGAUGUUCACUGCAACUUUCUUUGGCAUACAGAACCUUCUUAUUGAGAAUCGUGGGGUACAUGAUGUCUUCAAUAUUGCUGGAGCUGGCUCGGCUACCGCGGCUGCUUUUGGGCUUAUAUUGCCUGGUUCACCGAUGUGGCGUGCAAGGAAUGUAUUGGUUGGCUCUGCUCUUGGUGCCGGAAUCUGCUUUCCCCUUGGUUGGGUACAGUUGAAGCUGGCAGAGAAGGCCAGUCUUGAGAUCGAAACUUCAAAGUCACCAUCAGAUUUGGCAAGGGAACAAGGGAAUCAAAGUCGUGUGGGGGCAGCUAUAGACCGACUCGAGGGCAGCUUGAGGAAGUAACAUUUUUGUACCCUACAAGGACCUUUUCUGGAAGUGUACCUGGAAGCUGUUGUCAAGAGCCUCGCAUAUUUCACUUUUGUUCUUUGUUCUACUUGUCAUAGUAAUGUUGUUACUUUUGAAGCGGUAAUGGCAGCAAGAGCAACUGUAUCUAUUUUGUUGAGAUAAAAUUUUGAUAUAAAACCUGACUUGCCGGAA